AUGGGGAAGAAGCAUAAAAAGCACAAGCCGGAGUGGAGAACAGUUGAUGGUAAGUGAGCAAAGAAACCUAUUCAAAGCCUGGCUUUGUCCCAUUUUGCUAGCCUAGCAAGCUAGCAGCGUUCGCUAGCUAACGUUAUCCUACUUAAUGGCCAGCUGACUGAAUCGUCCUGCGGUGCCAGUGCUAACUUACUAUUCCUCCACUUAUGUUGCUUGCUGCCAUAAGCAUGACCAAUUAAUAUUAUGAGGGAUGUAUAUCAGGUCUUAUCAAGAUUGACUAUUCAUAAUAUUGGCAUUAACGCUAGCUAGCCAGUUUAUCCUGUCGUAGUGGUAGCAUUGCCCAGCAGAUAGAUCUCUGUGAUGGGUAGCUAAUGUUUAUCAUCACUUAUUACACAGUAACACACACACCACAUAUUCUGCUAGUAUGAUGACACAUCAUGCUUGUUGAUCUUGCGCUGGGUAUGACCCAUAACUCAGUUAAAUGUGGUCUCUGUUUUCAGACUGUGAGGACAAGCCUUUUGAGAAGCCGCUGAAGCUGGUGCUGAAAGUGGGAGGAAGUGAGAUCACAGAACUCUCAGGCUCCGGCCAUGACUCUAGUUACUACGACGACAGGUCAGACCAUGAACGAGAGCGCCACAAGGACAAAAAGAAGAAGAAGAAGAAAAAGUCUGAGAAGGAGAAAGACAAACAUGUAGAUGAUGAGGAGAGGAGAAGACGGAAAGUGAGUAUGAGCUGAACAAGGUGUGUCCCAAAUGGCACCCUAUUCCCUAUAUAGUGCACUACUUUUGACCAGAUCCAUAUGGGCCCUGGUCAGAAGUAGUGCACACAGUAAAGGGAAUAAUAUGAUGCCAUUUGGGAGGCAGCCUUUCAUAAAAAAAAAGCAUACCAUAUAACAGCUAGCACAAAAAAAAAACAAUAAUCAAUCAAUGAAUGUGUGAUCUUUGACAGGAAGAGAAGAGGAAGAAGAGAGAGCGGGAUCUGAAUGAAUCAGAGGCUGCUACUGCCUCUGCCAGUGGUGUCGGCCUGCCCAGUGUGGUGCCCAGUCACACUGGUGUGGCAGUCCAGCCUUUCAUGCUGCCAAAGAUACCAAACAUUGGUAUUAGUUUUGAGGUGAGAACGUUUUGGUUUGAAUUACUCAAGUUUCAAGUUUUAUUAGUCGUAUGUACAGGAUACACAUUGUAUACACCGUCCAAUGAAAUGCUUACUUGCAGCAAGCUUACUUGAGCCCUAGAGCCUAUAAUGUUUUCCUGGAGGUCACAUGGUCGGAAAACCUCUUGGUCCUACAGGAGAUAGUGGAACUGGGGACCUCCUGGUCCUAUAGGCGAUAGUGGAACUGGAGACCUCCUGGUCCUAUAGGAGAUAGUGGAACUGGGGACCUCCUGGUCCUAUAGGAGAUAGUGGAACUGGGGACCUCCUGGUCCUAUAGGAGAUAGUGGAACUGGGGACCUCCUGGUCCUAUAGGAGAUAGUGGAACUGGGGACCUCCUGGUCCUAUAGGAGAUAGUGGAACUGGGGACCUCCUGGUCCUAUAGGAGAUAGUGGAACUGGGGACCUCCUGGUCCUAUAGGAGAUAGUGGAACUGGGGACCUCCUGGUCCUAUAGGAGAUAGUGGAACUGGAGAUAGUGAAGUAAAUAAGAAUACAGUGUUUGGCAAUACUGUACAUUACUGCCUUUACUACCGUCUAACAAGUAUUAUAAUUACUCAUUCAUACACUGUACUUGCAGCAGUAACACUAACACUAACCCUAACCAUAAUAACUAGGAGAUCAUAGGACAAUCUCCAGUAGUUUAAUGAGGACAAUGUCACUGACUCCUGUUGUGGCUUUGCCUGUCUGUCUCAGCAGCAGGAGGAGAAGAAGAGGAAGAGGUUUGAGAUGGAGCCGGAGCCGGAGAUGAUGGACCAGUUUCACCCCAACAUCAAGACAGAGGUGGAGCAGCAAGGAGACCGGCCUAUCAGGGCUUGCAGGACAGUCCCGGGUAAUAAUCUAGCAGUUCUCCUGUGUUGUUACAUGUUAUUACACAUUUUAUUACUGAUUAUAAACUGGGUGGUUUGAGCCCUGAAUGCUUAUUGGCUGACAGCCGUUGUAUAGCAGACCGUAUACCAUGGGUGUGACAAAAUGUAUAUUUACUGCUCUAGUUAUGUUGGUUACCAGUUUAUAAUAGCAAUAAGGCACCUCAGGGGGUUGUGAUAUAUUGCCAAUAUACCACGGUUAAGGGCUGUAUCCAUUCACUCCGCAUUGUGUCGUGCAUAAGAACAGCCUUUAGCCUUGGUAUACUGGCCAUAUACCACACCCCCUCGGGCCUUAUUGCUUGAUCAUAACAUACAUUGUACAUCCAUAGUAAUCUGUGAGGUGUUAAAGGCUAAUGUAAAAUAGGAUCACAUUGGAUUGUAGAAUUUGUGCUGAUGUGAUUGUGUGUUUGUCUCUUCCCUCAGAGAGUGAGUGCACCCCUCGGCAGCAGCUCCUGGAACACUUCCUGCGCCAGCUUCAGAGGUAAGGCUCUCUGACAACAUUGACCAUGUUUACAUCAACACCAGUAUCCCGUUAUUAUUCGGAAUGCUCAAGUAUUCUGUUUUAGAGUUGAUGCAUAUAAACAUCAUAUCAGCUUGUAUCCUGGUUAUGAGAAACCAGGAUAAAAUUCCUGGGAUAUGUUGAUCUUAGACAGGAUACUGUGGCAUGUAAACAUCUUAUCGGCCUCAGUUUCGCAUAUCAUGGGUGUUGUGUGAUGAUGUUUAACUGUCAAACAAAUCACUUCAAAAAGUAGGCUACCUGUGCGGUUCGAUCCACCGUAAUAAUUUCAUAAUAAUUUAUUUUGUUGAUAUUCCAUACUUGACCGUAUAGCCUACUGGUUACUUUCACCCCUAAUUUAGACAAGUUUCUGCGUAUAAUUUCCGACAUUUGGUAGGCAAUAUCAUAAUUUCCGACAUUUGGUAGGCCAUAUUAUAAUUUCCUACAUUUGGUAGGCCAUAUUAUUGUCACGACUUCCGCCGAGGCUACCUCCCCUCCUUGUUCGGGCAGGUUUCGGCGUUCGGCGUCACUGGCUUACUAGCUACUGCCGAUCUAUUUAUCAUCACUCCAUUUGUCUUGUCUUCAAUCACACACACCUGGUCCUUAUUCCCUCAUUAGUCAUGGUAUACAGUGAGGGAAAAAUGUAUUUGAUCCCCUGCUGAUUUUGUACGUUUGCCCACUGACAAAGACAUGAUCAGUCUAUAAUUUUAAUGGUAGGUUUAUUUGAACAGUGAGAGACAAAAUAACAACAAAUAAAUCCAGAAAAACGCAUGUCAGAAAUGUUAUAAAUUGAUUUGCAUUUUAAUGAGGGAAAUAAGUAUUUGACCCCUCUGCAAAACAUGACUUUGUACUUGGUGGCAAAACCCAGGUCAGACGUUUUUUGCAGUUGGCCACCAGGUUUGUACACAUCUCAGGAGGGAUUUUGUUCCACUCCUCUUUGCAGAUCUUCUCCAAGUCAUUAAGGUUUCGAGGCUGACGUUUGGCAACUCGAACCUUCAGCUCCCUCCACAGAUUCUCUAUGGGAUUAAGGUGUGGAGACUGGCUAGGCCACUCCAGGACCUUAAUGUGCUUCUCCUUGAGCCACUCCUUUGUUGCCUUGGCCGUGUGUUUUGGGUCAUUGUCAUGCUGGAAUACCCAUCCACGACCCAUUUUCAAUGCCCUGGCUGAGGGAAGGAGGUUCUCACCCAAGAUUUGACGGUACAUGGCCCCGUCCAUCGUCCCUUUUGAUGCGGUGAAGUUGAAAAACACCCCCAAAGCAUAAUGUUUCCACCUCCAUGUUUGAUAGUGGGGAUGGUGGUCUUGGGGUCAUAGGCAGCAUUCCUCCUCCUCCAAACACGGCGAGUUGAGUUGAUGCCAAAGAGCUCGAUUUUGGUCUCAUCUGACCACAACACCCAGUUCUCCUCUGAAUCAUUUAGAUGUCAUUGGCAAACUUCAGACGGGCCUGUAUAUGUGCUUUCUUGAGCAGGGGGACCUUGCGGGCGCUGCAGGAUUUCAGUCCUUCACGGCGUAGUGUGUUACCAAUUGUUUUCUUGGUGAUUAUGGUCCCAGCUGCCUUGAGAUCAUUGACAAGAUCCUCCCGUGUAGUUCUGGGCUGAUUCCUCACCGUUCUCAUGAUCAUUGCAACUCCACGAGGUGAGAUCUUGCAUGGAGCCCCAGGCCGAGGGAGAUUGACAGGUCUUUUGUGUUUCUUCCAUUUGCAAAUAAUCACACCAACUGUUGUCACCUUCUCACCAAGCUGCUUGGCGAUGGUCUUGUAGCCCAUUCCAGCCUUGUGUAGGUGUAUAAUCUUGUCCCUGACAUCCUUGGAGAGCUCUUUGGUCUUGGCCAUGGUGGAGAGUUUGGAAUCUGAUUGAUUGAUUGCUUCUGUGGACAUGUGACUUUUAUACAGGUAACAAGCUGAGAUUAGGAGUACUCCCUUUAAGAGUGUGCUCCUAAUCAGAAAUCUUUCUGAUUGAGAGGGGGUCAAAUACUUAUUUCCCUCAUUAAAAUGCAAAUCAAUUUAUAACAUUUUUGACAUGCGUUUUUCUUGAUUUUUGUUGUUGUUAUUCUGUCUCUCACUGUUCAAAUAAACCUACCAUUAAAAUUAUAGACGGAUCAUUUCUUUGUCAGUGGGCAAACGUACAAAAUCAGCAGGGGAUCAAAUACUUUUUUCCCUCACUGUAAGUGUUCCCUCUGCUUCCUUGUCUGUGUGGGUGAUUGUUUAUUGUGGAGGUUAGUGAAGCUCGGUGGAGCUCGUGUAUUGUGUAUCGACGGGAGUAUUUUUCCCGUGCGCCUGUUUUAUGCCCUGGAAAAUACAAGGCAGCCUCGGCGGAAGUCGUGACAAUUGUAAUUUCCUACAUUUGGUAGGCCAUGUCAACUAUAGUUUGAUACAUGCAGCUUGUCUUCUGUCAUGACUUGUUGCCCCAGGAGACUAUAUAAAGUAGUGCUCACCAGAAUGUCUUACAUUGAUAGAAUGAAUGCAUCAGUUAUCUAGUUAACACCGGUAAAGUUGUCUGUUUCGUUUAGGUCUGCAUUUAGGGACCGGGGUGAAAACGCAACAACUCCAAAACAGUGGAGAGAUUGGUCCUGUGCAAAAUGUCCAAAUGUCAUCAGUUUGACCGGUUUUAAGGAAAUGAAAAGCUGAGAAAAUGAUUAAACACUUUGCUGAUAAGACUUCAGUUCAUCUUAGGUGCUUAUUUUAGGUGGUUGAAAUACUGUCUGCUUGCAUAACGGUGUCAAAGAUAACACAUUACACGCGCAUUCGCAUUUUCUCGAGAGAUGAUGAAAGAAAGAAAUAAUAUUUAUCCUCUCCUGUUCCCGAGACAAAAUUUGUUUUAUAAUUUUGCUGCAAGAAAUGCAUAAUUCUGCAGGAGUUCAUAUUAUAUUACGCUACAUGUGGGAGGUUAGAGUCCUACAGUCAGUGUCCAUAUUUCAGUUACUAUUCCAUUUAACCCAUAUGAAUUUAAAUUAGGAAUAUUCAGUUUAUUCAUGGAUACAGGGAUUCUCGUGAGUGGGAUAUCAAAGGUGCAUGUAAACAGCUUACCCGAAUAUGUCACGUUCGUUGAGUACAGGAUUGGACCAAGGUGCAGUGUGGAAUGCAUACAUGUUUAUUAACGAAGUUAACACACGACAAAACAACAAAAGCAACGUAACGUCAAGCUCACAAUGGCUAUACACAAACAAGCCAAACAAGAGUCAAGAUCCCACAACAUAGGUAGGCAACAUGGCUACCUAAGUAUGAUCCCCAAUCAGAAACAACGAUCGACAGCUGCCUCUGAUUGGGAAUCACACCCGGCCAACAGAUCUACAAACAGAAUGUACACAUAGAAAUUCACACCCUGACCAAACCAACUAAAGAAAACCGGGCUCUCAAGGCCAGGGCGUGACAGUACCCCCCCCCCCCCCCCAAAGCUGCGUACUCCGGCCGCACCAACCUGACUCAUUAGGGGAGGGUCCGGGUGGGCAUUCAGCCUCGGUGGCGGCUCCGGGCGUGACGUCCUCUCCCUCUCUGCCUCCCCGUUGCACCCCUGGUCCGGUCUGGACCUCGGCGCGAUGCUUCCCCUCUCAGUCCUCACACGAUGCACCAAGCCCUGUCUGGACCCUGGUGUGGGAGGCCCCGACCCUGGAGAGGGGCCGACGUCUGGGCCUGGACCGGCAAUCCCCCCGCGAUGCACCAAGUCCUGUCUGGACCUUGGUGUGGGAGGCCCCGACCCUGGAGAGGGGUUGACGUCUGGCACUGGAGUGGAGCCGCUGACCGGAGCUGAACUGGACCCCGGUGGAGCGGACUGCUCUGGCACUGGAGUGGAGCAGCUGACCGGAGCUGGACUAGGCACCAGUGGAGCGGACUGCUCUGGCACUGGAGUGGAGCAGCUGACCGGAGCUGGACUGGACAACGGUGGAGCGGACUGCUCUGGCACCAGCCGUACCGGGCUGGGGACACGCACCACUGGUCUGGUGCGAGGAACAGGCAUGAGCCGCACCGAGCUGGGAACACGCACCACUGGUCAGGUGCGAGGAGCAGGCACGGGCCGUGCCGGACUGGAGACACGCACCACUGUUUUGGUGCAAGGAGCAGGCACGGGGCGUACCGGACUGGAGACACGCACCACUGGUUUGGUGCAAGGAGCAGGCACGGGGCGUACCGGGCUGGAGACACGCACCACUGGUUUGGUGCGAAGAGCAGGAACAACCCGUCCUGGCUGAACGCUCAUGUUAGCCCGACAAGAGCGGGACGCGGGCACCACUCGCACCGGGCUGUGAAUCACAGCAGAACAGGGUGCCUGUAUGGUCCCACGCUCCUUCUGUUGCCUGGCCAGCUCCUCUCUCCUUGCAUCCACUGACUCCUUCUCCCUUUGGGCCUCCUGCAGCGCCUCCUUCUGAAGUGAUUGCUCCUGCUCCCUCUUCUCUAACAGCCCCCGUAAUGUGGUGGCCUUCUCACUCAUACUGCUGAUCCGCAGGUCUUGGAGGACCCCUACAUUAGCGGCCUCCUCCCCUAAAGUCAGCCCUUUCACGGCCUCCUAAUGCUUCGUCGACCACCCCGUGUACCCCCCAAUUUUUUUAUUGGGGUUGCCUCUUGGGUCUCCUUUGUCGUUUCGCAUUUUGGAGUCGCCGUCGAUCCGGACUCCAGCCCUCCUCCAUUACCUCACCGUAACGGACGGAUUCUUCCUCUGUAAUUUUUCCCCAACCGAGGAGGACAUCUACCAAGGUUGCUUCCCGCUGUGUCCAGGGUGUUUGCUCCUCCUGGGCACGCUGCUUGGUCCGUUGGUGGUGGGAUCUUCUGUCACGCUCGUAGAGUACAGGAUUGGACCAAGGUGCAGUGUGGAAUGCAUACAUGUUUAUUAACGAAGUUAGCACACGACAAAACAACAAAAGCAACGUAACGUCAAGCUCACAAUGGCUAUACACAAACAAGCCAAACAAGAGUCAAGAUCCCACAACAUAGGUAGGCAACAUGGCUACCUAAGUAUGAUCCCCAAUCAGAAACAACGAUCGACAGCUGCCUCUGAUUGGGAAUCACACCCGGCCAACAGAUCUACAAACAUAGAAUGUACACAUAGAAAUUCACACCCUGACCAAACCAACUAAAGAAAACCGAGCUCUCAAGGCAGAAUAAGACCUUAAGCAGGAUAUGAGCUACUAUCUGGAAUACUGUGGGCAUGUAAACGUGGUCAGUGACAGAUCCACGAACAUCUCUGGAUUAUGCCUGUUGGUGACAUGAAAGUCAGUUCAGUCGGUACUAAUUGAUUGUCUUGUCUUUCCAGGAAGGAUGCCCAUGGGUUUUUCACUUUCCCAGUGACAGACGCCAUCGCUCCGGGUUACUCUGUGAUAAUCAAACACCCCAUGGACUUCAGCACCAUGAACGACAAGAUCACAGACAACGAGUACAAAACCGUCACAGAGUUCAAGGUGAGGUGAUGCUACUUCCUCGCCUCUUUCGCAACUGUAUUGGAGAAGGUCCAACAUGACUUCCCUUGGACCUUCUUCUCCAAUGCAUUUUGAGAAGGUGACAAGGACAGAAGUUGCCAGGAAUCAGUGAAAGAUUCAUUGUGGAAGAGCCUUGGUGUUAUCACGUUGAUAUAACUUGUGGAAAUGAAUGUGUGUGUGCUUUACAUAAUGGUAACAUUCAUAACAUGGAUAGUGUUUUCAAAGGAGGAUAUUUAUUUGCUUCAAUUGAAAAAAUAUUUGUGUUGAAGUAUUUGUAUCAGUUUUAUGUUUGUAAUUGAGUGAUGGAGCUGCUUCUUCUAAAGCUGUUGCUUCCUCUGUUGCAGGCAGACUUCAAGCUGAUGUGUGAUAAUGCCAUGGUGUAUAACCGGCCAGAGACAGUUUACUACAAGGCUGCCAAGAAACUGCUGCACACUGGCUUCAAGAUGAUGAGCAAAGUAAUGAGUAGAGUCUGUGUCCUAUACAAGGACCGGAUAGAAAUGUGAUUGUCAGUGUAUGAUUUGUUGUGCGUGUUGAUGUUCAUAACCCAUCCAUUUCAUGCACUUCCCUUUCCUGUGACAGAUGUCUUCGCUGGUGCUUCCUGUUUGCCCUUGUCUUGUCCUUUUCUGUUCUCUCUAUGCCAUUUGACCUGUUGGUCAUUCUUCUUCCUCUCUGGCUUUGUGAAACAGAUUUGCCUCUGUGUGUUUUUACUUCAGACUCAACACACUCUAAGGUCCUUGUAUAUUUCCAUAAUGUAGCAUUGGAGCAUUCAGGAGACUGUAGAACAACAAAAACAGAUAGAGGGCAGAUGUGUGACUCGAGAGAGAUGUUUGUUCAAUGAUUUCCCUCCUAACAAUCAUCACCAUCCCACCAGCCAUCCCAUCCUGCCAUCCCACCAGCCAUCCCAUCACUCUCUGGCUGAGUUGUGGUAGAUGGAGUAUAAAGUGUUGCCCUUUGGUUCUCUUUCUCUCUCUCUCUGUGGCUCUCUCUUUCUCUGUGGCUCUGUACUCUGUUUACAGGAGCGGCUGUUAGCUCUGAAGCGCAGCAUGUCUUUCAUGCAGGACAUGGAUUUCUCUCAGCAGGCGGCCAUUUUGGGGGACGAGGACGUGGCGUCCGAGGAGCCCCCGCCGGAGGUCGUCCCCGUGCCCGUGGAGUCGGCGUCGGCCAAGAAAUCCAAGAAACAGCCCAAAGACAUCAAAGAUCUGAAGGAAGUCAUCAGGUAGAAUGGACUGGCCUAAUCUCUAGUCCAGUGUCUUGACUUCAGUAGAUGUUGGUCUAAUGCAUGUGUACACAUGACAUCAUUGCUCAAGUAGUCCCUUCUGUUGUCCCAGGCUUGGUACAAUGUGACGGAUGAGGCCCAUAAACCACUACUGUAUGGUGUUCAUUGUAUCCUACAUGUUACAUCCGACAUGCUGCAUAACCAUGAACUGUAGAGUAACAGUGUGUAUCUCUGUGGGCCGGCCCGCUCAUUAGGCAGGAUUAGGUGGCUAUGGCUAAACUGACCAAGACGCACCUCCAACAACACAUAAAACUUCACAUAAUUCUGCCCAAAAACAAUGACAGUUUCUCUCAACCAGUGGCAAAUGGGCUUUUUAGGUGAGCGCUGAUGCCGCCCUAUGAUAAGCAGUGUCCACUUUGUCAAAGGCAGGGGCGCAAAUUGUUUAUCUUGUCCAUUCCCAGCGCGCCUCUCCAGGGUGCUGUUGGAGAGACCCAAAAAAUCAUCAAACAUAUAUGUAGCAGAUGUAGGAUAUGGUAGAAAGAGAAUGUAGCCUUAUCUAUAGCCUACAGGCUGGAGAUCAAAUGUAUGACAAUGUAAUGAGAUAUAAACUUUUUACAUCAUGCACUAUUCUCUGAUCAAAUAGCCUAACCUAAAUGGCGCCCAAUCAAAUAAAAAAUGCGCUGACAUGUUAACAAACAACAUAUCCUAAAAACAGGACAGGUCAAAGUAAAAUGGACAAUAUGGAAUGGACAAUCGGGUUACUUAACUGCUAUCCAGGAGUUUCAUCUCGUGGGCUAAAUUGUCAUGAUCAGUGGUUUUAAGUUUGUAUCCAUACAUUUUUUACGAGCUGAUCAUAGCGAAAAAGUAAUAUACUUCUGCAUUUCUCGCUGUUUAAACACAUUGCAAAUAGGCUCGGGAUAACCCCUCCUGAUAAAGUUGGGUAGCUGAUAUUCAGAGCUUAAAUAGCCAAAUUGAUUAGUCAUCAGGACUAAUACCCCUGUAGCUCAGUUGGUAGAGCAUGGCGCUUGCAAUGCCAGGGUUGUGGGUUCGUUUCCCACGGGGGGCCAGUAUGAAAACAUGUAUGCACUCACUAACUGUAAGUCGCUCUGGAUAAGAGCGUCUGCUAAAUGACUAAAAUGUACAAAUGUAAUAAAGACAAUGCAACGGCCUGUUUUGCAAACGGUGGGCCUACCACAUGGAUGGGCAGUCAUAAAAUUCCAUUGUGGGCCGGCAUGCUAAGCACCUUUUUUUGGUCGGCCGUCUUUUUUUGGGGUGUUUUACAAACGAUAGGCCUACCACAUAGCUGGGCAUUGUGGGCCUGUAGGCCAGGGAUGGACAACUCCAGUCCUCUGGGGCCUGAUUGGUGUCACACUUUUGCCCCAGCCACAGAAAACACAUCUGACACCAAUAAUCAACUAAUCAUAAUCUUCAGUUUAGAAUGCAAUUAGUUUCAUCAGCUGUGUUGACAAGGGAUUGGGGAAAAGUGUUAGACUGGAGUUGCCCAUCCCUGCUGUAGGCUAACCUCAGUAAGCACGGACCGACGCUGACGUUUUUUUUGUUCCUGUCCAAACUGGUCUUCUUUUUUGGUGCAGUCUGGACCAGCCUUGAUUUACAUGUCCACGGACGUUGUUUUUGGGUCCGAUCCGGACCAACUCUGAACCAAUCAUAGACAUCUACAGUGGGGAGAACAAGUAUUUGAUACACUGCCGAUUUUGCAGGUUUUCCUACUUACAAAGCAUGUAGAGGUCUGUAAUUUUUAUCAUAGGUACACUUCAACUGUGAGAGACGGAAUCUAAAACAAAAAUCCAGAAAUCACAUUGUAUGAUUUUUUAAGUAAUUAAAUUGCAUUUUAUUGCAUGACAUAAGUAUUUGAUACAUCAGAAAAGCAGAACUUAAUAUUUGGUACAGAAACUUUUGUUUGCAAUUACAGAGAUCAUACGUUUCCUGUAGGUCUUGACCAGGUUUGCACACACUGCAGCAGGGAUUUUGGCCCACUCCUCCAUACAGACCUUCUCCAGAUCCUUCAGGUUUCAGGGCUGUCGCUGGGCAAUACGGACUUUCAGCUCCCUCCAAAGAUUUUCUAUUGGGUUCAGGUCUGGAGACUGGCUAGGCCACUCCAGGACCUUGAGAUGCUUCUUACGGAGCCACUCCUUAGUUUCCCUGGUUGUGUGUUUCGGGUCGUUGUCAUGCUGGAAGACCCAGCCACGACCCAUCUUCAAUGCUCUUACUGAGGGAAGGAGGUUGUUGGCCAAGAUCUCGCGAUACAUGGCCCCAUCCAUCCUCCCCUCAAUACGGUGCAGUCUUCCUGUCCCCUUUGCAGAAAAGCAUCCCCAAAGAAUGAUGUUUCCACCUCCAUGCUUCACGGUUGGGAUGGUGUUCUUGGGGUUGUACUCAUCCUUCUUCUUCCUCCAAACACGGCGAGUGGAGUUUAGACCAAAAAGCUAUAUUUUUGUCUCAUCAGACCACAUGACCUUCUCCCAUUCCUCCUCUGGAUCAUCCAGAUGGUCAUUGGCAAACUUCAGACGGGCCUGGACAUGCGCUGGCUUGAGAAGGGGGACCUUGCGUGCGCUGCAGGAUUUUAAUCCAUGACGGCGUAGUGUGUUACUAAUGGUUUUCUUUGAGACUGUGGUCCCAGCUCUCUUCAGGUCAUUGACCAGGUCCUGCCGUGUAGUUCUGGGCUGAUCCCUCACCUUCCUCAUGAUCAUUGAUGCCCCACGAGGUGAGAUCUUGCAUGGAGCCCCAGACCGAGGGUGAUUGACCGUCAUCUUGAACUUCUUCCAUUUUCUAAUAAUUGCGCCAACAGUUGUUGCCUUCUCACCAAGCUGCUUGCCUAUUGUCCUGUAGCCCAUCCCAGCCUUGUGCAGGUCUACAAUUUUAUCCCUGAUGUCCUUACACAGCUCUCUGGUCUUGGCCAUUGUGGAGAGGUUGGAGUCUGUUUUGAUUGAGUGUGUGGACAGGUGUCUUUUAUUUAGGUAACGAGUUCAAACAGGUGCAGUUAAUACAGGUAAUGAGUGGAGAACAGGAGGGAUUCUUAAAGAAAAACUAACAGGUCUGUGAGAGCCGGAAUUCUUACUGGUUGGUAGGUGAUCAAAUACUUAUGUCAUGCAAUAAAAUGCAAAUGAAUUACUUAGAAAUCAUACAAUGUGAUUUUCUGGAUUUUUGUUUUAGAUUCCGUCUCUUGAAGUGUACCUAUGAUAAAAAUUACAGACCUCUACAUGCUUUGUAAGUAGGAAAACCUGCAAAAUCGGCAGUGUAUCAAAUACUUGUUCUCCCCACUGUAUGUUUGGUUCAAAUUUUGUCCGGUCUGGACUAGCCUUGAUUUGGCCCAAACAUAGACGUCUAUGAUUGGUUCAGAGUUAGUCCGGACCAGACAAAAAAAAAAACGUAUUUUCAACUUUCAUUCAGAACCGAAAAUGAACCUGAAAAUGAACAUAUUUCAGUGCCCCGAAAAUGGCUAUUUUCAGUGCCCGGAAAAUAGCUAUUUUCAAUGCCCGGAAAAUAGCUAUUUUCAAUGCCCGGAAAAUACGUAUUUUCAAUGCCCGGAACAUAGCUAUUUUCAACGUUCAUUCAGAACCGAAAAUGUACCUGAUUUCAACGUCCGGAAAAUGCGUCUUUUCACCUUUCAUUCAGAACCUAAAUGGAACCUAACUUCAACAUCUGGAAAAAAAAUACCUAUUUUAGAUGUCUUUUCAACAUCAUUUUGCUUACUGGGAUAAUUCUUGUAGGGGCAGCCAUUUUUUGGUCUGGCCUAGGGCGGCAGAACGGCCAGGACCAGCCCUUGUCCCACAGUUACCUGUAUUAACCAGUGAUCUGUGGAGUAACAGUGUGGAUCUCUGUGGUCCCAGCAGUUAGCUGUAUUAACCAGUGAUCUGUGGAGUAACCGUGUGGAUCUCUGUGGUCCCAGCAGUUACCUGUAUUAACCAGUGAUCUGUGGAGUAACAGUGUGGAUCUCUGUGGUUACCCAGUGAUCUGUUACAGUGGGAUCUGUAUUAAUUAACCAGUGAUCUGUGGGUAACAGUGUGGAUCUCUGUGGUCCCCAGCAGUUACCUGUAUUAACCAGUGAUCUGUGGUACAUUACUGUAUCUCCUGUGGUCCCACAUUACCUGUAUGAUCCAGAGGAAUGCCUGCAGCCUGCCGACAGCACAGCGGGGAGGAGCCACGUCUGGCCUGGUGGAGCACCUGCAGAAUUCCUGAAUGACCAGAGGACCCGCACCUGACCGACAGCACGCGAGUCAACCGAUACAUGCCCAACUCCAAGGUGUAUAUAAUAAUCAAUUGACUAUAUACCCAACUCAAGGUGUAUAUACAGUAACCAGUCAAAAAGUUUGGGACACACCUACUCCAUUCCAGGGGUGUUUAUUUCAUUUUUACUAUUUUCUACAUUUGUAGAAUAAUAGUGAAGACAUCAAAACUAUUAAAUAACACAUAUGGAAUCAUGUAGUAACCAAAAAAGUGUUAAACAAAUCAAAAUAUAUUUUAGAUUUUAGAUUCUUCAAAGUAGCCACCCUUUGCUUUGAUGACAUCUUUGCACACUUUUGGCAUUCUCUCAACCAGCUUCAUGAGGAAUACUUUUCCAACAGUCUUGAAGGAGUUCCCACAUAUGCUGAGCACUUGUUGGCUGCUUUUCCUUCACUCUGCGGUCCAACUCAUCCCAAACCAUCUCAAUUGGGUUGAGGUCGGGUGAUUGUGGAGGCCAGGUCAUCUGAUGCAGCACUCCAUCACUCUCCUUCUUGGUCAAAUAGCCCUUACACAGCCUGGAGGUGUGUUUUGGGUCAUUGUCCUGUUGAAACACAAAUGAUAGUCCCACUCAGCGCAAACCAGAUGGGAUGGCGUAUCUCUGCAGAAUGCUGUGGUAGCCAUGCUGGUUAAGUGUGCCUUGAAUUCUCAAAUUUGGACUCAUCGGACCAAAGGACAGAUUUCCACCGGUCUAAUGUCCAUUGCUCGUGUUUCUUGGCCCAAGCAGGUCUCUUCUUCUUAUUGGUGACCUUUAGUAGUGGUUUCUUUGCAGCAAUUCGACCAUGAAGGACUGAUUCACGCAGUCUCCUCUGAACAGUUGAUGUUGAGAUAUGUCUGUUACUUGAACUCUGUGAAGCAUUUAUUUGAGAGAAGGCCAAGAGUGUGCAAAGCUGUCAUCAAGGCAAAGGGUGGCUACUUUGAAGAAUCUCAAAUAUAAAAUAUAUUUUGAUUUGUUUAACACUACAUGAUUCCAUAUGUGUUAUUUCAUAGUUUUGAUGUCUUCACUAUUAUACAAUGUAGAAAAUAGUAAAAAUAAAGAAAAACCCUUGAAUGAGUAGGUGUGUCCAAACUUUUGACUGGUAGUGUAUAAUAAUCAACUGCUAUAUGCCCAACUCCAAGGUGUAUAAUAAUCAACUGCUAUAUACCCAACUCCAAGGUACUCAAUGCACCAGUGUCUGUUUUAAUCAGAUAUGACUGGUAGCCUAGAGGUUAGAGAAGCGGAGGGUUGCUGGUUCGAAUCCCUGGCUUUGAGUCAGGUUUACUAGAUACUGUUGGACAUUUAAAGUGGACGCCAGGGGAGAUCUAUGUUUAGUUACUACGGUGACCACAUGGUUCUUGUGUCCCUGUGUUUUCAGAUGGGUUACCUGAGGAAAGAGCCUGAUGGCAAUCUGUUGUACACUGUAGUGAAUCAGCUGAAUCCAGAAGCAGAAGGUUUGUUCCCUACUUUUCUAGUGUAUUAUCCAGUGGGAAACUCACAGUCCCAAAUGGCACUAUUCCCUAUGUAGUGCACUACUUUUGACCAGAGCCCUAUUGGACCCUAUGGGCUCUGGUCAAAGGUAGUGCACUAUAUAGGGAAUAGGCUACCAUUUGGGUCGCACCCAUAGAACCUGUAUAGAUGUACAGUGGGGAGAACAAGUAUUUGAUACACUGCCGAUUUUGCAGGUUUUCCUACUUACAAAGCAUGUAGAGGUAUGUAAUUUUUAUCAUAGGUACACUUCAACUGUGAGAGGCGGAAUCUAAAACAAAAAUCCAGAAAUUCACAUUGUAUGAUUUUUUAAAGAAAUUAAUUUGCAUUUUAUUGCAUGACAUAAGUAUUUGAUCACCUACCAACCAGUAAGAAUUCCGGGUCUCACAGACCUAUUCGUUUUUCUUUAAGAAGCCCUCCUGUUCUCUACUCAUUACCUGUAUUAACUGCACCUGUUUGAACUCGUUACCUGUAUAAAAGACACCUGUCCACACACUCAAUCAAACAGACUCCAACCUCUCCACAAUGGCCAAGACCAGAGAGCUGUGUAAGGACAUCAGGGAUAAAAUUGUAGACCUACACAAGGCUGGGAUGGGCUACAGGACAAUAGGUAAGCAGCUUGGUGAGAAGGCAACAACUGUUGGCGCAAUUAUUAGAAAAUGGAAGAAGUUCAAGAUGACGGUCAAUCACCCUCGGUCUGGGGCUCCAUGCAAGAUCUCACUUUGUGGGGCAUCAAUGAUCAUGAGGAAGGUGAGGGAUCAGCCCAGAACUACACGGCAGGACCUGGUCAAUGACCUGAAGAGAGCUGGGACCACAGUCUCAAAGAAAACCAUUAGUAACACACUACGCCAUCAUGGAUUAAAAUCCUGCAGCGCACGCAAGUCCCCCUGCUCAAGCCAGCGCAUGUCCAGGCCCAUCUGAAGUUUGCCAAUGACCAUCUGGAUGAUCCAGAGGAGGAAUGGGAGAAGGUCAUGUGGUCUGAUGAGACAGAAAUAGAGCUUUUUGGUCUAAACGCCGUGUUUGGAGGAAGAAGAAGGAUGAGUACAACCCCAAGAACACCAUCCCAACCGUGAAGCAUGGAGGUGGAAACAUCAUUCUUUGGGGGACAGGACGACUGCACCGUAUUGAGGGGAGGAUGGAUGGGGCCAUGUAUCGCGAGAUCUUGGCCAACAACCUCCUUCCCUCAGUAAGAGCAUUGAAGAUGGGUCGUGGCUGGGUCUUCCAGCAUGACAACGACCCGAAACACACAGCCAGGGCAACUAAGGAGUGGCUCCGUAAGAAGCAUCUCAAGGUCCUGGAGUGGCCUAGCCAGUCUCCAGACCUGAACCCAAUAGAAAAUCUUUGGAGGGAGCUGAAAGUCCGUAUUGCCCAGCGACAGCCCUGAAACCUGAAGGAUCUGGAGAAGGUCUGUAUGGAGGAGUGGGCCAAAAUCCCUGCUGCAGUGUGUGCAAACCUGGUCAAGACCUACAGGAAACAUAUGAUCUCUGUAAUUGCAAACAAAGGUUUCUGUACCAAAUAUUAAGUUCAGCUUUUCUGAUGUAUCAAAUACUUAUGUCAUGCAAUAAAAUGCAAAUUAAUUACUUAAAAAUCAUACAAUGUGAUUUUCUGGAUUUUUGUUUUAGAUUCCGUCUCUCACAGUUGAAGUGCACCUAUGAUAAAAAUGACAGACCUCUACAUGCUUUGUAAGUAGGAAAACCUACAAAAUCGGCAGUGUAACAAAUACUUGUUCUCCCCACUGUAUGUAUCAGAUAAAUGUCCAAGAUGUUCUGGACCAUAUAAAACGGAGGGAAGUACCUUUUCUGACUCUGUUUCCCAGAGGAGGAGACCCACCCUGUGGACCUGAGCUCUCUGUCCAAUAAGCUCCUACCUGGAUUAACAACACUGGGCUUCAAAGAUGACAGGAGACACAAGGGUAUGUGUAGAAAGUGCAAAGCUGCUUAGCUGUUAGCUAACACGUUUGAUAUAUGUCCUGACAAUGUAAAAAGUCAAUUUGACCUCUGGUGCUUAGAAGUGAUAGUUUCUGUCUUUCAUACUGUUGGCUAUGAUGAGAGAGAGAAUUUCUUCCAAGGCUUCCUUCUCUGCUCUUCCUGUGUGUGUGUAGUGACGUUCCUGAGCAGUACCUAUAACACCCAGACCCUGCAGAACAACUCCAUCUACCCAGACCUGCUGCCUGAUGAGAUGGACAUGCUCUACUCAGCCUACGGGGACGAGACUGGGGUGCAGUGUGCUCUCAGGUUAGUCAAUGCUGUAGCAGCACUCACAUCAUUACUGGAGUUCCCAUUGCAGUAUUCCUGGAAUCAGGAUACAAUAAUAAGGAAAUCCAGGAAUCCUGGGAUAUCUGAAAAAUCAGGGAACUUUGGGAAAGUUACCAGGAUUUUGCAACGCUAACUGCAGUGCACAUCUUGUAUUUUAGUAAGGUUAUAUGAAAAGCCUAAACAUUAUAUUAUGCACUGUGUAAAUGCUGUCUCCUUCCUCAUUCCAGUAUUCAGGAGUUUGUUAAAGGUUGUGGGAACGUUACUAAGCGUUUGGUUGACGGGCUCCUGGAUAAAAUGACUGCAGGGGAUCACUCCAAGGCUGUCUUCCAGAUCAGACAGGUUGGUACCCCACUUACACACUCAUACAGGCUGAACCCCAAAUGGCACCCUAUUCUCUAUAUAGGGCUCUACCUUUGACCAGGGCCGUGGCACCGUGUGGGUGCCAUCUGGGGGACACAGUCACACAUAUGACUUCCAAAAGCACAGUAAGUCCUGUUUUAGAGGGGGACAUGUGUAUUUGCAGAUAGAUUUUUUAAUUUCUGGUAAAAGCUGUGUGAAUGUACAUUAUGUUAAUGUGGUUGUAAUAUGUCAUCUUCUGUUUCAGAAAAGAAACAUGACGUUACCUGACGAAACCAAGAGCAACAUUUACGAUAUGCAUGUAAAGUAUUUUACAGCUGUUCAACUGAAUACGCUUACAGUGGUUUAGUUUAGUGGUUGGAGUAAAAUGAUGUGUGUGUGUGUGUGUGUGUGUGUGUGUGUGUGUGUGUGUGUGUGUGUGUGUGUUGUGUGUGUGUGUGUGUGUGUGUGUGUCCGUCCCGUCCCCGUCCCCGUCCUGCUUUCCCCACAUUGUUGACCCUCCGGAUGUGUUUAUUUGCCCAGGUGGCUGAUGGGACAGGUCUGGGAGAGGGCAGCUCAGUGCUGGACUUCAUGUCCAUGAAGAGCUACUCUGACAUGUCUCUGGAGAUGUCCAUGCUCAACUCUUUAGGUGAGAAUCCUACAGGUUGUCAAUUAGUGGUAUGGUUUCAAUGAUCAUAACCUUCAUCAUCAAUGUCAAUGAUCAUAACCUUCACCCCCCCCCCCCACACACACACACACACACACACUUACACACACACUGUAUGUAUCGUAAUAUAGGCUUUAUAGUUCAUGAUUCUUUACCAUAGCCCUAAGGUAGUGCACUAUAUAGGAAUAGGGUGCUGUUUGGGAUGCAGACCCUGUCAUCUUCAUCACUUGUAUGACUGUAAUGGUCUUCCCUGUGUCCCUCCUCUCCUCUCAGGGAAGUCCGUGAAGAAGGAGCCGGAGCAUGAGGACGGGGUCAGCCAGCAGCACUUUGAGGAGGCAGCCAAGCUGCUGCAGGAGUUCCAGGAGGGCCAGGUGGAAAGGGGAGGCUCCAGACCCUCCUCUAACCUCUCCUCCCUGUCAGGGACCUCAGACAGGGACCAGCACCACCUGGGUAAGGACCUCAGGACAACACUGUCUGGAGCUCAUCCACUUACUUGGCUGUAUCAGAGUGAGUCCCAAAUGGCACCCUAUUCCCUAUAUAGUGCACAAAAGUAGUGCACUAUGCAGGGAAUAGGGUGCCAUUUGGGACGUAGCCAGGAGCUCCUCCACCUGCCUGGCUGAAUCAGUGUUAGAAACAUACAGGAUUUGGUUUGUCCGUGCCAUUUUGUACCUUGUUGACACUUACAGGCUCGCCCAUCAGUCACUUAAAGCUAUAAGGAAAGACGCUCUGGAUAAGAGCUUCUGCCAAAUGAAUAAAUAUAAUGUAAAAUGUAAUAAGGAGACAUGGGUUUCAACGUUUCAAAGGCUUUAUAGACACAUUAUUUAUGUGCUUUGUUUGUUAUUUUCAAAUGAAUGACCAUUGGUGCUGUUUUUCUGUGUUCCUCCACAGGGAGUCCAUCACACCUGGGUGUUGGUGACCGGUCUGAGAUGGUUCAUGACCCAUAUGAGUUCCUCCAGUCUCCAGAGCCAGGCUCCACAGCCAACAGCUGACCUAUGA